CCACCACGUACUGCUGCCUUCCCACUUUAUCAUGAUGUGGAAAUAUGAGUUACAGUGCAUUGAUAAGCAACAUCCUGCAAAACUCUAGGAAACUAUCCUCGCAGGAACCCGAUGCGCCUGAGACCUUUGCCUCGCGAAUGAGCGUCACAACAGCACAUAUUUUUUUCGAUAUACCUAGUUAUGAUACAGCAGACAUCGAGAAAGUGAAGUUGCUGGCCAAUAAAGGCGCUAAAGGAGUCAGGAUUUUAUAUACACCAUGUCAAUAACAGUGGCAAGGCGUAUGAAUCAAAGAACAUGGUUAUCUGCGGCAGCGGUUUCGAUCGAAAAUCAGAAUGUUGAAAAAUGAAAGAUAACAGAUAAUAAUCGUUAUCAAUACUACAAGUGAAUAGCCUGAUUCUCUUGUUAUGGAAGCUUGGACAAGGUGGCAUUUUUAGGAAACAUUCCCCCAGAAUCCUGCGCGGGCGUUAACAAUUUGGAAGCAAGUGGCCAGAAAGAAAACGGCGCCUCCCGUAUAGCUCAGGGACUCUAAAAAAGGUCUUUUUUACACGACGAACGACCAGCAAGGGAUUCUGAUGCUACCCUGCACUUGAUUUUCAAAUCUGCAAACCCCAUGAGGCAUUGGCACCCUCGCCACAUCUUACCACUUGUCUCAUGCCUCGAUGUAAUGACCUCUUGGCUUUAAGGAGGAUUCGUUCAUAUGCGCCAUGAGCUUGUACGCAUGAGAGCUGAGAAGUUCCUUGUGGGCGUACGUACUCAUGAAGGACGCGGAACGACGAUAUUCUCGUGCGAAUAUUUGCGGGCUACGUGGAAAAGAGAGGUCAUAGCAACAAGCCACAUUGCAUGGGAAAGCCAAAAUUGCCCAAGAAUCAGAUCGCAGCUGUUUGUGUGUAUGGAAAAGGGCUGGGUAGCGAAUGCCAUCGCGAGUCCCCCCUUGAAAGGUAAGUGCCGUGAGCGGAUGUGGGAUGGAUUAAUAUCAGCCAGCUUCCCACAUGAAGUCGUCGAUUGGUUACUGGGGAAAUUGUGCCGUCAGAUAUUGCGCUCUCUAGAAACGGCGAGAGGAACUCGUUAUUGGUUAGUUGCUCUCAUCUGCGACGUGUAUUUCCUUGCUCAGCAGACAUGAUUACGGCCCAAUCUCUCGCAGUCGGAGGCGAAAUAUGGCUGUGAUCAUCUUCCCGAGGGCAAGAACCGGCCUGUACAAGUUGUCGAUCUUAUUGAGAAGCCUUUUUUUAAAGCUCAGGCCUUAUUAUUGUUCAGAAAGCGCAACAUUUCCAAAAAAAUGCUCCGCAUAGAAGCCUUCGGUGAUUUGUUAAUUCUUCAGCUAGGUUAGCGACCGAAGCAGCAUCUGAUUUUCCCCCCUCUUACGCACACAUACGGAGCACAGAUUAUUGAAUACAGCCGUUGAGUUUGAACUGUUGUGCUGCGCUUUCUGUUCGCAAUUCAGACCUUUCGGCUUAUAAUUUGCCCAGCCGCCCCAGGAAUGGCCAUGUUCAUUUGAAUCUUUGUUAUGAAGGAAAUCGAAUCAUGAGACCGUUGUACAGAGGGUAGCAUUGACCUUGGUCCUGAGGGAAAAGUUUUAAUCUUGACCUGUCUUGAUGUGGUCUGCCUGAGAAUCAUGGGUGCCAAUAUAGUCUGUAUCCAUCCUGCAUCUACUGAAUACACCGUCCCGCCCUUUCAUUUUAUUUUCCCUUCUAAAAAGCAAUACUGAAAAAAUGAAUACCUCCUAUAUCCACUA